GACCCACAAGAGGGAGGCCGGUCCACCGCCCCUCCUAUCACUGCUCCUCUCCAACCCGUGCUGUGUUCCGUACUACCUGAGAACACAGGUGUUCCCCCACCUGGAUCAAAUCAAAUCAAAUGUAUUUAUAUAGCCCUUCGUACAUCAGCUGAUAUCUCAAAGUGCUGUACAGAAACCCAGCCUAAAACCCCAAACAGCAAGCAAUGCAGGUGUAGAAGCACGGUGGCUAGGAAAAACUCCCUAGAAAGGCCAAAACCUAGGAAGAAACCUAGAGAGGAACCAGGCUAUGUGGGGUGGCCAGUCCUCUUCUGGCUGUGCCGGGUGGAGAUUAUAACAGAACAUGGCCAAGAUGUUCAAAUGUUCAUAAAUGACCAGCAUGGUCAAAUAAUAAUAAGGCAGAACAGUUGAAACUGGAGCAGCAGCAUGGUCAGGUGGACUGGGGACAGCAAGGAGUCAUCAUGUCAGGUAGUCCUGGGGCAUGGUCCUAGGGCUCAGGUCAGUUGAAACUGGAUCAGCAGCACGGCCAGGUGGACUGGGGACAGCAAGAAGUCAUCAUGUCAGGUAGUCCUGGGGCAUGGUCCUAGGGCUCAGGUCCUCCGAGAGAGAGAAAGAAAGAGAGAAGGAGAGAAUUAGAGAACGCACACUUAGAUUCACACAGGACACCGAAUAGGACAGGAGAAGUACUCCAGAUAUAACAAACUGACCCUAGCCCCCCGACAUAUAAACUACUGCAGCAUAAAUACUGGAGGCUGAGACAGGAGGGGUCAGGAGACACUGUGGCCCCAUCCGAGGACACCUCCGGACAGGGCCAAACAGGAAGGAUAUAACCCCACCCACUUUGCCAAAGCACAGCCCCCACACCACUAGAGGGAUAUCUUCAACCACCAACUUACCAUCCUGAGACAAGGCCGAGUAUAGCACACAAAGAUCUCCGCCAUGGCACAACCCAAGGGGGGGCGCCAACCCAGACAGGAUGACCACAUCAGUGAAUCAACCCACUCAGGCCAGAGGCACCUGCUUCAGACCAUUGGACACCCAGUGGGUUGACCGGGGGAGCCAUCGUCCCUCCGACCUCCCUGACAAUAAUACCCCCCUCUCCUCCCAGCAGUUGAAGAUCAGCCUAGACCUUAUCACCCGCUCCUCCUCCUUCCUCUGCCUCCUGGGCCACCGAUACGGCCUUUCCAGGCCGGAGCAGGACCCCUCACCUCUCCCUGCUGCCGGUCCAGAACGAGAAGCCCUCUCUGGGGUGGAGAGGAACCUGCAUGUUGCAGUGGAGAGAGGCUACACCUGGGUCCUCACAGGGAGGAACCAGAAGUGCUCCCUGACAGAGCUGCAGAUCACCCAGGCAGCCCUGAUGGGUGACACCAGACACGGCUUCUUCUACUUCAGGGACUACUCUUUCCACGGGGAAGAGGAGAAUGAAGACAGGUACACAGAUGAAGGUCAGAGGUCAUUGCUGAGCAUGCUCUCCAAACAGACAGAGGAGGAGAGACACAGAGCCAGGGAGGUGAAUAACAGGGUAGUGGACAGCCUGCAACCUGUAAGGUUCUUCAGAACGCUGCAGGAUCUGGUGGACCUAGUGAAGAGGGACUGGAGGGGCCUCAUGGAACAGCUCUAUGGGUCCCUGGACCAGCAGCCAACCUGUUCAGGCCUCCUGGACUCCCUUGAUAGAUGUUAUCACGAAGGUGCUGUCCAGGCUCUGUGUCGCUGGUUUGCCCUCUCCACCCAGACCGCUGCCGUCAUGGAGGAACUCAACACAUUUACUGCCUGUCUCACUCAUUCUGACAUCUAGCAACCUCAAGCAAUUCAACCAUUAAGUUAACAGGUGACCAUGACAAACGUGAUUCUGAGGGGUCUAUUUUGAUGCUCUGUGGUGAGAGGGGUUGCUUCAGGAGUUCCCGGAAGAAGAAUCCUAGAAUCCUGGCCAUCCCUCACCUCUGUGGAAUCAGCAGCUCCAGUGUGGAUAUCAGAUCUGUACUGAGAGACAUCACCACUGAGCUUCGCCUGGCCCAUUAUGGUGAAGGACCGACGCUGGCUCCCUGACCCUCCAACACCUUACCCUGCCCUGCCAGGAGCCGCACAGGACCCUGCUGCAAUUCCUCUUGGGAACCACUACCAGGCUGGGAAUGGACCGCCUGCCGCUGUUCCUGGCGGUGGUGGCUAGCGAGCUGCAGAUGUGCGGCAUCCUGAGGGGAACGGAGGAGGAGGAGGAGUUGAUAGAGGAGUAUGUGGAAGUGGAUUCAAUGGCAGCGCUGUGAGCCAAGGUGAUUCAGCGCUGGAUCAAUGACUAUGGCGGAGUCAUUGAGGGUACGGCCAGUCCAGCCAGCGCUGGAUCAAUGACUAUGGCGGAGACAUUGAGGGUACAGCCAGUCCAGCCAGCGCUGUAUCAAUGACUAUGGCGGAGUCAUUGAGGGUACGGCCAGUCCAGCCAGCGCUGGAUCAAUGACUAUGGCGGAGUCAUUGAGGGUACAGCCAGUCCAGCCAGCGCUGGAUCAAUGACUAUGGCGGAGUCAUUGAGGGUACGGCCAGUCCAGCCAGCGCUGGAUCAAUGACUAUGGCGGGGUCGGCCAGUCCAGCCAAAGGAACAGGAGGACCUACCUCUCAGGUGUCCAACAUAGAUCUCAGAGACUGGAUAUGAGACGCUCUCUGCCUCGUUCACCUCUCCCAUGCUGGGCUGACUGAGGAGCAGGUCCUGGUCCUGCUGGAGGUUCUUGGUUACCCUGGGUACUUACGGGUUCUACCUCUGGAGUGGGCCCGGUUCCGCACUGCUGCUGGGCCCUGGGUACAGGAGAGACCCAAUGGAACACUGAGCCUCACCCACCAAUCACUGGGCCAAGCUAUGGACCUCCUCCUGCUGAGUGAAUCUGUGGGGGUCCGUCCCUGUAAAAGUUCAGGGGGCUUGAGGAGGACCAGACGGGGCUACCAUCUCAGCCUGGCCCAGUUCUUCCAGAGGCAGGGCAGGGAGCUCUGUAGCUGGCCUCAGAUCCUGGAGGAGCUCCCCUGGCACCUGGAGCAGAGUGAGGCCUGGAGGGAGCUACACACCUUCUUCAUAGAGCCACAGUAAGAGCAUGGAUAUACACUUCACACAUAAGGACACUAGGGGCACACAGUUACUGUUGGGUAAAAUAGUUUAGCCGCAGAUGAACUGUCAUCAUAUAUUUAACCUAACACUUAAACUGGGUGAGCCUUUAUAUCAGUUUACAGAUUCGCAUGUUUAACCAUCAUUUGUUUACAUAACGGUAUCCACUUACUAUCUGACCCGAGGACUGUAGCGCACCUGUCUAUAACAGGAGACAGUGAGAAUGGAUGUUGUCAGGUACUGGACUCUCCUGAUCCUCAGAGGUUAUGACCCCUACACCUCGUACCAGAGCCUGCUGGGUAAGGGAAUCCACCCUCGUUUUCUUAUCCAAUCAGGGCGAUGAGCAUUCCCUCCUGCUACAUAUACAGGUAAAUGCAUCAUGGUUACACAUCUCAACACGCAUUCAGCGUUGAAUGUCACAAAACUGUAGAGAUAGCAUCCGUAAAUAAUGUAGCUAUUAUCUCCAUUCAAACCAGAGCCGAGAGAGGUACACAGCAACAGGGCCUUCAUGACUGAGGCCCAAAGUGACGGCAACGGUUAUUAUUCUUCACUGAUAACAAAUUGACUAUUGACGAUGUCUUUAGUGAUCUGUUACCAGUCAUCAUCAGUGAUCCUAUGUGACCAGUGAUUAUGACUGUUUUUGUUUUUUUGUUCCCCACCUGUAGAAGAUGGUUGUCAGUGGGAUCCAGGUGUGAAAGGGAGAGUGGAGUUGUUGGUCUCUGAGUUGUUGCUCUGUCUGAACAGGAAGGGGGAAGCAGAGCAGAUCCUACUGCAGGCUGAGAACAACCUCACACAGGCUGGUGAGCAGGACAGAAACAGGGAGAGUGUGAUGUUACUGCUGACAGCGCGGCAGACUUUGGCUGAGCUCUAUGGAGACGGACCAGCACAGAGAGGCAGAGACGUACUGUAGAUCAGCUCUGGAGACCGCCCAGACUCACACCGCUACCUGCCUUGAGAGACAUGAGAGGAUCACUGUUGGAAAGGGUAUCUGUCCAGAGAGUUGGGGCAAUAUGGGUCUCAUGGUUUUAAAUAAGCAACCUGAUGAUGUGUUUUUUUCAUUCACCACGUAAGUAAAUGCUUUUAGUGUGCUGAAAUGAUAUGUAUUUCUUGUUUCGCCCCUAUCAGGUCAGUUGCUUUGUGUGCUCUGCCAGCUGCUGUUUGCAGGCGUCCGAACCAUCGAGGCCUCUCAGAUACUCAGUGACAUCAUCAAUAUGGGACACCACAAACUCCACCUGUGUACUGACGCCACUGUAUCACUGCUCUGUGGGAUACACAGCUGUGUAUUAAAUAGCAUAAAUGGGGAUAGUCUCAUGUGUGACGUUUCUGUACUUCAUAGGUUCAGCUACAGGUCUUUCUAUGUCUUUUUCUGUUGUUAGACCUAAACCCACGUGUAUGACUUUUGAUACUCUAUGUCUCAAUUUAGGCAAGCUAAGAUUAAUGGGAUGAUUUAAAAAAAAAUGUGUAUGUGACAGACUCAGCCUGCAAGACCCACAUGGUGCUGAGAAGCACCUCCAGGUUGCCUUGGAAGACCAGGAGGCGCUGGUAUGGUAGAGAGCACCCUCUAGUGGUGGAGGUGGAGGAGUGCCUGGCAGACAUCUUGGCCGACACCUGCGCUGACACAGCAGGUUUACUCAGUCAGUCACAGUAUAUGAAUGUCACAGUGUGGUGAAGAUGUGACGUGUUGAGGCAGAGGCUAGCAGUGGAGCUGUAUCGACACACGGUGCACGUCAAAGACCAGGACAUGAAGCUUUGUCCCCCCGCAUCGCCAU